AGACGUAGAGGGUGGGGGGGAACGAGGCUAUUCAGCUCCUCCAGAGGGUUGGAAUUCCUCCCGAGCUGUUCCCCCCAUUUGGCAGGCACUUGUGAAAACAAUUCCCCAGCUUUUAGUCACCCGGCAGAUCCAAUCGCCAUUUCCACUUUGGAGGGAAUGAGACUUUGAGCCAAUCCAGAUAGACACAACACAGAAGGGGGAAAGGGAGAAGGGUUUUAAUCAGGUUGGACAGAUGCCGAGGCCAGUUGAAUGGUUGUGCGAUAUUAAUAUCUUAUGAAAGCUGUCUGGCAGUGCAAGAUGACUGUCUUGUAUGGUUUUGUGUUUGUGCUUUUCAGCAGUAGCAGUCGUACUGGUGGCUAAAUGAAGGCUCUGUGAAAAUGCACAAGGGGAGGACUCUACCUUUCAUUUCAGUGACUUCCCCAGAUGCUUUGGCCAAAAGAAAGAUGGAAAGAAAUGGGAAGAGACUGAGCCAAGACUGCUGCACAGGACCCAUUCAGUGAGYCAACAGGAGAUCCUCCACACGCCUCAUUGCUGAGCCUCCCACCUUCUUCUUUGACCUCUUAAGGAUUAGUGACUAUGACCUCUGAGCUGGAGAGUAGCCUUACUUCAAUGGACUGGCUUCCCCAGCUCAGCAUGAGGGCAGCCAUUCAGAAGGCGGACGCGGGGCACCACCACGGUCACCUAGGGCACCACCACCAUCACCACCACCACCACAUGCUCCACCACGGGCAUGCACCUGGCAAGAAAAUGGUACAUUUGGACCCGGGAACAACCCUGGACCAAGAAGAAGCUGCACAGCACAGAGACGGUAAACCCCCCUACAGCUACGCCAGCCUCAUCACCUUCGCCAUCAAUGGCUCGCCUCGCAAACGGAUGACCCUCAGUGAGAUAUACCAGUGGAUCUGUGACAACUUCCCCUACUACAGAGAAGCAGGCAGUGGCUGGAAGAAUUCCAUAAGACACAACCUGUCCUUGAACAAGUGUUUUCUCAAAGUGCCUCGCUCCAAAGACGACCCUGGAAAAGGUUCCUACUGGGCCAUAGACACCAAUCCUAAAGAGGACACAUUACCCAGCAGGCCGAAGAAGAGACCACGCUCUGGAGAACGAGCAUCGACCCCUUAUAGUCUGGAGUCAGAGUCUCUGAGAAUGGACUGCAUCAUGUCAGGAGGGGCAUCCCCGACUCUGGCCAUCGGUGCAGCAAAUAACAAGGUAGCACUGUAUAAUCCUGAAGCAGAAGGCGGUGAGAGUCCUGGGAGUCUGGGUGGCAGCCUGAGCAACAGUCUUUCAGAGCCGAGCUUGGCGUCUGUCAACCUUAACAGCCUGAGCACGGCUGUCAGCAGCGGCAGCAGCGUGCACAGCUACACACCAGUGAGCAGCCAUUCAGAGCCUUCGUCCCAGUCGUUGAGCCUCCAACAACCUGCUCAGCCUCCUCCCCCUCCCCCUCCUCCCCCGCAGCCUCAGUACGGGUUAGCGGUCGCGGAGUCACGGGACAAGCAGCUCUGUUUCUCAGACUUUGAGGACCUCAGCGCUUCUUUCCGCAGCCUCUACAAGUGCAUCUUUGAGCAGCCCUUCUCACAGCCAGGCCUGAUGAGCAUGCCGAGUGACUCUAGUCAGCAGGCUCGGACCGCCUGCUCAUACCAGCACUCUCCGGGUGCAGGAAGCAGCAGCGCCCACCACCACCAACACAACCACGCCCAGACGUCGCACCACGCUCACCACCCUCACCUGUCACCUCACCAGCACCAGGUGCAUGGCCAGCAUGGCCAGCACCAACAACACCCCUCUCUGUCCCACCAGAGUCACGGAGUGCAGACCUGCUCCACAACAGGCAUGUCGUCAGACUGGUACCCCAACCUGGACUGGCUGAAAGAGAGCUGCCGCAUUGCUACCAGCUACAACUGGGCUGAUGUAGAYCUCUCCCCGUUUCAAGGUCUAAAGGAGAGCAUGAGGCAGGCCGAGCUCAACAACUGGACUUUGGAUGCCGCUCAGAUUGCGGACCUGUGCUCCUUGAUUAACCAGUUCUUCACAGCCACGGGAGUCAUCCCUCCUCAGGGUGCCACCCACCCCCAGCCUCAAGUCCAACACGGAGCAGCAACGUCGGCGCCGCAGCUCCCUGCUCAGCCGCACGGGGCCAUGCACCCGAAACCCAACCACCACAAUCAGCACGGGCAGCACAGACAACACAUCGGCACGGGGAACAUGUACAUGGACUCGAGACAGAACAUUUCUCCUCUAAUGGGUCCACCCGGAUAUCCUCACAUGCCUCCUUUGAGUAGCACGGCGCCCAACAUGACAGGUCAUCACAGCCAGUUGACCCACCACCAGCAACACGGACUGCCUCCAGGACACUUUCAGGUGAGACGCUUGCUUGCCGCUGAYGACAUCCAGGAYGACUUUGACUGGGACUCCAUUGUCUAAASCGAGGGAGGGAUCUGAAACAAGAAGAGGGAGUGGAGACCACUCUGUGGGACCAUAGUGACAUGUUGCUACAGAGGUGUCCAACCUGCUUUGUCCACCUGUGUGAAGGAAAACAGAUGACAAUCCAACUGAGAACAAACGGAAAGUAGUUUUUAAAAUGAUGUUGGACUUCUUUUUUUUUCUAAUGUAAGAGGCUGAUGAAUCUAAAGACAAUCAUUGUAAAACCCAGAGGACAGACGUUUAAGCUACGUGGGACAAAUCCCGGAGGGAAACACGAUGUUAAAAAAGUUACAAGUCGCCAAAGUGUUGUCCAAUCUUCUGUGAGUUGUUUUCUUUUGAUCUCAAAUGUGUUUCCUGCUGCAGCUUGUGUCCUGUGUCUGCAAAGAUUCACCACCCAUGGAAGAAAUGAACGGGAAAAGAGAAACUCUAAAGCCCCUGCAGAUCAGAUGCAUUUCAUGCCAAGCAUGYCCAGAUAUUUCAGCUUUUUCUUCCUUAUAAUAAUUUCCUCACCCUGUUACUAGGCCUCUCUAAAUUGCCGUGACUCUCAACCAAAAUUAGGGAGAAAAAAAAUAAAAAAUUCUAAGGCUGAGUGGAGCACCACCUGCUGGUUAAAACCAAAACAAUUUAGAGUCAUCUUGAAAACAAUUUUUUGCCACAAUCUGUGUUUCUUUUGUCUUUAUUGGGUCAGUUUUUUUCCCCAGCUUAGUUUAUGCCAUAAUUUUAUGCGAUGCAGUAGUCCAUAGUUCCAUGUUCUCAGGGUGGAAAGCUCACAUACAUUUUCACAUCUGUUCUAUUUCUAUAAAUAUUUGAGGUUAACUGUGUGCCGUGUGGUGCUGUCAGUGUUCAGAUCCUAUUUGCUUACAGCGAGCAUCUUUUUAACUGUCGUCGAAAGGGUCAAAAUCUGUAUUUGUCAAGUCUAUUAGCUAAAACAAACAGAAUACUGUGGAUUAAGAUUUUAGUAAAACCUAAGAAUUGCCACAGAUUUGGAUUAUAAACAAGGCACAAACCAGAUUUGGAUUUUUUUUCCACAUGAAGUCCCAGAUUCUUGGUAUAUAACGUAGUUUUAAUUUCUUACGCUUCUUUCAUAAAUUUAAAUUUGACUAAGUAAAGGAAGUYGGUAAAGAUUUCAAGAUGCCUCAUUUAGAGAGAAAAGAAGCAGAUUUUGCACAACAUCAAGCUGGAUAGCAUCUAAGUAAAAAAUGAAAGAAGUAUAUUUAAAAAAUAUUUUUUUUAUUUCUUUGUUUUAAAAAAAUCAACAAAGCAAAGACAAAAAGCUUCUCUUUGUUUUUAGUGAUGUUAAUUUUGUCUGUGUACUGUUGUCUGAUUUCCUUUAGCAUACAAGUGUACAGCUUUAUACAGCCGGAAAAAAAAAGAAACAAAUUUAUUUCUUUCUAUCAACACUUCAAGUUCUUAUAUUUUCUACAGUGAAAUAUAGAUCUUAAAGUGCUAUUUGAUUUGGAGGAUCUCUGUGAUUUUUCACCUGGUCAAUACAAUGUUUCAUUGUAGAGCGUUAGAAAAAAAAAGUUAAAUACCUGUUAUUACCAUUUGAUGCUGUAUUGCAGUAACCAGCAUAUGUAUAUCCUAUGUUUUGUGUGACGUUGUCCUUGUAAAUAACAGUCCAUUACUCCUCUGUUUGCCCUUGAAAAUCACAGACUGAUUAAAAAAAAAAAACAAAACAAAGAAAGCAGCAAACAGAGACAGUGUUUUGUAAUUGGACCUUCAGGGUUUGGAUCAUGUACAUAUUUUCAGCAUAUCAUAAAUAAGUGAUUUGAAAAAAAAGAAGAAAAUACUGGCUUUGGCGUUACGUGUCAUAAAUAUUCUGUGUGUGGCGGUUCAACUGUUAAGAAUUCUGUCAAGUGUUUAUUAAAAUGUCAUGAGCCAUUUUUACUGCA